AUGACGAGCUCUACGACUGCUACUUUUGUUGACGAUAUUGCGAUUUUGGCUAGCAAUGAAAAUCCUACUCUUGCUUCUAAUAUCAUACAAAAUCAUCUCAAUGAAAUAGAAACCUGGACAAAGAAAUGGCGCAUCAAAAUUAAUGACACAAAGUCAACUCAUUUUACCUUCACGCUUAAUAAGCUAACUUGUCAAACUGUGUACAUAAAUGAAAGACAAAAAAUACCAAUCUUUCGUUCGUCAGCUACCGAGCAGGUAAAAAUCAAUCUGGAAAAUAGCAAAUCUUUACAAAAUUCUAAAGGUACUAAAGGAGAAAGAUACACAACUACACUCAUUCCAAGAAAAAAGCAAACGAACGAUCAAAAUUGUGGAAAAAAGGUCGAUCAAGUCAAAUGUGCCCUUUGUGGAGAGGAUAACCCCGCCAAAUACAAAGGCUGUAGCAUCUAUAGAGAACAUUUCCAAAGAAAAUAUCCUCCUUUACGACAAAAAUCCACCACGAUUCCAAACUCUACUUCAAAUCAUAUCCUAAGACCAGGAUUAACUUUCGCAUUGCCAGAAACAGUGCAACACUACCCGAAGACGCAACGAACACAAUCAACAACAACAUCGGCUACAGCUGACUUUAUACAAGAAUUCGGUUACCCUGUAGAACAGUAUAACGUGACAACAAAAGAUGGUUAUAUUUUAUCUCUGCACAGAAUACCGCGUUCACCAAAAAAUGAUCCUUUCCUAAAAACUUUUCAAAAUUCUGACAAUAAAGUGGUGCUGUUGAUACCAGGAUUAUUUUCAAGUUCUGCUGAUUUUGUCCUGAUGGGACCUAACAAAUCAUUAGCUUUGUUUUUAUCAGACCAUGGUUAUGAUGUCUGGUUAGGCAAUAAUAGAGGUAAUAAAUAUUCGCGGAUGCACCAAACUUUGGAUCCUGAUAGUAAUCUUGAAUAUUGGGACUUCAGUUGGCAUGAAAUGGGAACAGAAGAUCUGCCGACAAUUAUCGAUUUUGUUUUGAAUGUUACUGGGCAGUCCAAGUUGGAUUAUAUUGGGCACUCACAGGGUACAUGUGUAUUUUUCGUGAUGGCAUCGACAAAACCUGAAUACAAUCAGAAAAUCAGAUCAAUGCAUGCCCUGGCUCCGUCCAUCUUCAUGUCGCACAUGAAAAGCAACGCGCUGAACUGGGCGAACGUUUUAAUGGACACAGUACAUGCUACCGAAAAUAAUUCAAGAGAGAUGUUGCGUUAUGAUGGACGCAUCAGUGUAAGUCUUCGAAAAUUUUGCAUAAUGAGUAAGUUUUCUACGAGAAUGUGUUAUGAGAUUAUAUCAGACAUGAUCGGACGCGAUGAGGAACAACUGGAUCUCAUUGGCAUUAUUCCAUUAAUUUAUCACAAUUCGCCUGCAGGAUCUUCUACAAAUCAGAUAUUACACUUUUGGCAAAAUUAUAAUACAGGAAAGUUCAACAUGUUCGACCACGGUUUGGAAAAGAACAAAGUGGUCUAUGGCCAGGAAAAGCCACCGAGCUAUAAAUUGAGCAAUGUUUUAUGCAAAGUUUAUUUAUAUUAUGGUGAAAAUGAUCUCAUGACUGGAUACGAGGAUAUUGAAAAAUUAGCAUCAAAUCUAGGACAAUAUCCAGUGAUGUAUAAUAUCUCAGAACCAAAUUUUAAUCAUCUAGACUUCAUCUGGGCCAAAGAUGUGGAAGCUUUGGUAAACCAAAAGGUUUUAGCCAAUCUACUCAAACAAUAA